UCUGACAUUCCCCCAAUCACCCCAUGCAUAUAACAGGAAGCCUGUAAUCUUCAACAUUCGCUCAUUUGUGUCUGAAGCAAAAUUGUCGUCAAUUCGAAAUCGGUGAUCGUUGGAUCAUAAAUUUGUCCAUGACAACAUGAACUUGACUCCAGAGAACCCUUCGGGUAACAAGUUAUUGUAUGCCGGCUUUAACCAAGAUCAUGGAUGUUUUGCCUGUGGUAUGGAGACUGGUUUCCGUGUCUAUAACACUGACCCAUUGAAAGAAAAAGAGAGGCAAGAUUUCACUGAUGGAGGGGUGGCACAUGUGGAAAUGCUGUUUAGAUGUAACUAUUUAGCACUAGUUGGUGGAGGUAAAACACCCAACUAUCCGCCAAAUAAAGUGAUGAUAUGGGAUGACGUCAAGAAGAAGCCAGUCAUCGAACUAGAGUUCUCUGGUGAGGUUCGAUCAGUCCGACUCAGACGAGACAGGAUCGUUGUUGUCUUAGAAACCAUGAUCAAAGUCUACACAUUCACCCAGAAUCCUCAACAGCUACAUGUCUUCCAAACGUGGACAAACCCAAAAGGUCUGUGUGUGCUGUGCCCCAACAGUAACAAUUCUUUGUUAGCGUUCCCUGGUCGUAGGACAGGUCACAUACAAAUCAUUGACCUAGCCAGCACAGAGAAGGACCCAGUGGACAUUGCAGCUCACGAUAAUGCCUUGAGUUGCUUAACGUUCAACCAUCAAGGUACAAGAAUAGCGUCAGCAUCUGAAAAGGGAACUCUCAUAAGGAUAUUUGACACAAGCAACGGAACCCAGUUACAAGAACUAAGACGGGGCUCAGGUAGUGCUAACAUCUACUGCAUCAACUUCAACCAAGACUCCUCGCUACUGUGUGUUUCAAGUGACCAUGGCACGGUGCAUGUGUUUGGAGCGGAGGAACCACGGAAAAACAAGCAGUCAAGCCUUGCAUCUGCCAGUUUCCUGCCCAAAUAUUUUAGUUCCAAGUGGAGUUUUUCCAAGUUCCAAGUUCCAGGCAAUGCGCAGUGCAUCUGUGCAUUUGGUGCUGACAGCAACUCAGUCAUAGCAAUCUGCGCAGAUGGCAGCUACUUCAAAUUUGUCUUCAAUCAGAAAGGAGAAUGCAGUCGAGAGGUCUAUGAGAACUUCCUUGAAAUGACUGAUGAAAAGAUGUGAGCCCCACCCAUCAUUCAACCAUUCAAAAGCUAACUAUAAUGACGUGUUCUCAGUGGGAACGUCCAUAUUACUACACCUCAUGCAUAUUCAUGAUCGAGAGCCGAGUUCUCACUGGUCUAUUCACCAUCACGUGUCAGCGGCUAGUUUUGCAAUUUAGCAAGUGGGCAUGCAAGUAUUCAUACACAGCUUAAAUAGUUAUGCAUGGUAGACUAUCGCAGUGGUUACCAGUGCGCUAGUCUAUUACGCAUGCACUUCACAAAGCAAUCGUGGAACUGGCGCAGGUGGUAGUGCGUACGCGAAUCACCCUAGCAGCAUGCAGCAACUACAUGAAAAGAUGGGGAACAACAACAUUUUGCCGAGAAAACGUAUGCGUAACAUCAUGAAAUGUUUGUGAAUGUGUUUGAGGUAUAGCAAAACAAGUAAAAUAUGAUUUAGUUCUGGUGGAUAGUCGAUAUUAGCCAUUAGGUAUGGAAGUUGACAGACUAGUUCUAACUAGUCUGUCAACUUCCAACACCUCGGAGAGCUAAUAUCGACUAUCCACCCGAACUGAACCAUGUUUUAUUUGUGUACUAAUACAGACAUCCGUCAUAAAAUGUCAAAAAAUGGACGUCAUUUUAUCAGCUGUACCAUUAAUUCUCUGUAAAUAAAUGUACAUUAAGUUUUAAUUGUCUUGUUUUAAGACAGCUGAAACCGAACACUAUUUGUGUUCUAUGUCACUUACACCGCGUUUACACUCGAUCCUGCAGAGGGCGAUCGCAUUCUGCGGUUGCAAUAAAACUACAGGGAAGCUAACCGCAAGAGAACUGUGCCGUGUUUAUACCCUAUCCUGAUCUCCCUCCAAUCCCCAAUUUACAACGGAAGGAAGGUCAUUGAGUGUGCGCAGAAGAUGGCCAAUUUUGCGUGCUAAUCACUGCAGAAAUUGCUAUCAUAUUGAUUUACUUAAUAUUUUACUCACGCUGGUCCCCCGAUUUUUGUCGUAAUAUAAUCUAGCUUCAUCCUCCACGCAUUGUUAACACUAGUCCACGAAUAUAAAACAACAUAAUAUCAGCAUAAAUAGGACUACACAAAUGAUCAGAUUUGGGGACAUGUCCUGUGUGUGUAGGUAGCUAUUUCAUGGCGAUUGUGUAGCUAAAGGGCCCCGUUCCAAAUAUAGAGAACGUAACCUGGUGAUUCAGGAGUCACCCAACUACUAAUUAAUAUGUAACACCAACCGGGCUUUGAAGUUAUUAGGGAGUCUUUGGGGGUAAACUAGCAAUGAAGACGAUGAUUUCAAAACACAACCCGAAAAAAAUCGUUGAUGGCCGGGCACUGCGGCAAUGCUGAACCGCGUUGGUAUCAACUGAAAAUGCGUGAGAAAAUCGCAUUUUCAACCCAAGGAUAAUGUUCAAACUUCCACACAAAAAAUGGAUUUCAAAGAAUAUAAACCAGACUGCUUAAUGCAGAAAUGAUUUUGGAAAGAAAAACACUAUUUAAGGACUAAAACAGAAGACGGGCCCGUGACUACACAGUCUCCAAUUUCAUGUAUGUGGAUGAAGCACCAAUUGAUUCUGGCCGAGUACCAACCGCACAUAUGUACUGUGCACAGAACCGCGUUGGGAACCAUCGCAGCAUUCACACAGGCCUCACCGGCAACUCACUUACAUAACAAAAUAUAUUUCGCGGACUUUUCUACGCUGACAGGAUGUGGCUGGAUCCCCCUCAGAUCCCCCUUACGGGAUCUAGUGUAAACGUGGUAUCAUCCAAUGUGAUCAUCCUGAUAAACUAGUGAAAUAGUCUUAGUGUGAGAAUGAUCACUGAUAGCAUGAGCGUAUCAAGCAGUGACAUAAUAUGUUGACAUCUGAUAAAUUGUAGACUGCUAAGCGUUUGAUCGUAAGCAGUAAGCAGUGAUGGAGUGUGCUUACUAAUUUGGCUCAGUGUUAUGAUGCUCUUGUUAUGAAGCAUUUGAUCGUAAGCAGUAAGCAGUGAUAGAGUAUGCUUACUAAUUUGGCUCAAUUUACGAAGCUCUUAAGAUUCACAGUGGGACCCGUUGGAAGGCUUACUCUUUUGUACAUUUUGCAUUGAAAGUAAUAAAGCUCUUGUUAUAUAAAAAGUUAUUUAAACCAAUAGGCCCUAAUGGAGCAAACAUCCAUGAAUUACCACAAAAUAUUGAAAUCAAUAGUGAUUCAAAUUAUGCAUUAAAAUGACAAAUCAAAACAGGGAGUAAUAGUCAUGCAGUCCCAUUAUUGCCAAACAAAUGAUUUUACUAAAUCACAAUAUAUUUUUUAAAUGUCCAAUGAAAUUCUGUAUGGAAUGUAUAUUUUGUGAGUAGCCUAUCAGAAUUUUUUUGAACAUACUUUAGUUAUUUGUUUCCAUAAAACACAACCGUUUCUUUAGGUAUUGAUAGUCUUUUUCACCUUGAGAGUCAUUGAAAUAGACCUUGCAUAAAACAUAAAUAUUCAAAACUUGGCAUGACAUAGCCAAAACAAGCUUGAUUCACUAAUAAGAUGAAACUUUUAAGCUUCAAGUUAUCUUUGUUUAUGUCUUGUAGAUUGUUCUUCAUUUUCGGUAUAAGCACCAAUAUUUUCUAUCCAAUAUUUUUAUGUGCAUAGACGCUCCUUGAAUGUGGAAUAUGGAAGUUUCUGUUCAAAUGGAAUUUUUGUGUUUGGUCAAUCGAGGAAUCUUUUGUCUUAAAAGUUCAGGAUUUCCACUUGUGUAGAGCCUGUCACAUGGGUGGUACCGCCAUUGUAAUAGGCUGCCUGUGUAUAAACACCUUUCACUGUUUAAUUUGUCAUUCUCAUACCUUACAUGACAUAUUCUAGAUCUUUCCCAUUCUCGUUCAUGUGCUGGCCAUGAGAAUUCUUAAUUAUGCUGAAAAAAGUGAAUAUCUGUAUACGUAUGAUCAAAAUAAUUAUAAAGUUAUAUAUGAAUGUUAAAAUGUCUUCAAGUUUAAGUACUUUUCAGUUGGCUCAAUUUGUUUACUAGUACUGUAGCGAGAAUUUCUAAUGUACAUGAUGCUGUACAUACAAACAUUGCCAAUAGACCUUCUUCAUGAGGAAGCCAUUUUUGACCGUGUUCCCUGAAUCCAUUUUAUAAAUUGUAGACUGUUGAAUGGGAUGGUGCCAGACUAUUUUAUGAUUGGAGUGCAUUUCAAGCUUCACUUUCUAUUUUUGUGAAUGUGGUUUAAAACAUGAGGGUAUGUUUAAUUAUUCAUCAGAGCAGACUGGUAUUGAUCAUUUCAUUGUCUUCAUUUCUACUCGCAAGUUCCAAAAAUAAAGACUUUACCUCGCUUUCCUUUUAAGAUUGCCAACUCAUGAAUAAAGUCUAAUCAUAAGUUAGGCGGGUCCUGAAUUACUUGGCCACGGCUGGGAAUUACGCACAUGUCUAUGGAAGCGGCUGACAGCGGCUACAGCCACUUCCCAUUCACCCAUGUGUUAAUUCCAGCCAUAGCCAAGAAAACCAGUCGCAGCCUCAAUUGAUCAUGUAGUUGUAGCUGCAUAAAUGUCAACGGCUCUUUCAUGUUUGAAUUCAAGGCUCAAUGACUGUUUUCAGUAGACAUUUUAACCUUGGUUCGUGAUACUUACCAAAUGUACAUUGACUCAAAUUGUUGGUGAAAAUCCCUUAAAAUGUUCCUUUAAAGUGGAAAUAAAUAAGAAAAUGUAAACAUGA